AUGGUGAGGCGAGUAACCUGCGGGUUUAAGCCAUUAGGUGGUGCUCGGUUGGUAACCGAGGCUCCAUUGCAGGGCUCCAGUGAGGGCUUACUAUUGCCUCAGAUUGCCUUCACCCAGAUUGAUAAUAUAGUUAGUUUCUUCAAUGUUACGACAGACGAGCGCAUAGAAGGUUGCCUACGAUUACCAGAAACGAUUCUGGUUUGUCAAGUAUUUCUACCCACAGAUGAGGCAACAGUUGGACAUAUAGGCCUCAUGCUCGUCACGCCAUCCAUGAUGUAUGUAUAUGGUGUCGUCAGUGAAGUAGUCAGUGAAGUAGUCAGUGAAGUAGUCGGUGAAUGUUUGGACGAGUCCGCAAACGACCUACAAACGGUGGGUCCUGCCGUGGGUGACAAGAGAGGUGAGGUGCUCACGAUUCCAGUGGACGAAAGAUUAAGGGCCAAGAUAUAUGGACGGUUUAGAGCUCCGCUGGACCCCACCUGGAGAGCCAGCAGCUCGUGUGUGCUAGGCCAUCGAAUAUUUGUGGCAUUUGAAGCGCAACCAUUGAAAGAAGUGAUCUUCGUAGCAGGCGGAGUCGAGAUUCGAGCAGCAGUGCCUUCCAGCUAUGGACCCCUACGGAGUGUCAUGUGUUCUUUAUUCGGAACUGGCAAACAGGAAAGCGCUGCAAACCCGCAAGGUGUAGUGUUGGUUCGUUCAUGCUACAAUAAUUGCGCAGGGAUUGUGGUUACUGUGGGGGAGAAUGGCCAAGUCGUCUUCCAUGCUGCGGGUCGGUAUUAUAAGACUCCUUUCAUCGAUAAGGGUCCACUUGUGCUGAGUCGGGUUGACCGAGGUCAGCUUGAGCAAGGAACUGUCACUUCCCCUGCUAUUCCGAGGUUCCUGAGUCAAUCCUUGAGGUUAUUAUUACCGUUGCUGACACCGGUAUGUAGUGGUUCAGAAAGGGUGUUGGAUGUUGGUGUACAGGUUGGUCAAACGGAUUUGGAGUUUGUAGUGACUAUUCUGACUUCGAAGAAUAGAGCAGUGCGCCUCUUAUUGGAGCUGGAGAGCGGCGAUGUAAACGUGUCUUCGGUCCAGGCUGCCGUCGUGGGCUCGCCGGUGUACCCCUUACCUGUGUCUCCACGGAUUGAGAGCGACUCUGUGGGACGGCAAAUGGGUCAGGUGUUGCUGGCGAGCAAGUCCACCGUGUUCAGCGAAGUCAAACGCUGGUGCUUGGGUCCAUUCUGCUUCACACGUGCGUGUUACGAUUGUCGGCUGCCCGUUCUCACAAUCGAAUUGGACAAGGCCAUCGCGCCGAUUCUCCACAAAGGCCCAUGCGUGGCGUCCGCGACCUCCUACGUCACCCCUUGUCUGGUCCAACAUGUCCUCGACCUCUCGCAGCUGACCGCAAAUGGACGCUCUGGCUUCGCAAGUGAAUGGCGAAGAUACAUAACUGGCUACCAAUCGUCCGUUGGGGAACGAGCGCUGUACCAGAUUGCUGCCUCACGCUUGCUAGCCCAUUCCAUGCCUCUGUGCCUCCAGACCUCCGACCGAGACGCAUUCCGAGAUGCAUUUCGACGCCAGUUUCUCGUUCUCGCAACGGACCAGAAAUGGCUGUGUACAGUAACCAUCUAUUCGGACGAACUUCCGGGAGCACCCGCUGGGGUAUGCAAGACCCUGGCUGACCUCUUAAUAGACUACCGAGAUAAGCCUGUCUCUCUCCCGCCAUUGCGCUAUGACCAGACAAAUAAGCCGCACUCUGAAACGAGGUUGAUGGAACGAAUCUCAAAACAGGCGGUUUCGGGACCGGCGGCAUUAGAGCCGAAUCAAACCUUGGCGGAUAUCCUCAACUCGUUCUAUCAUCAGUGGUUCGAUGACAUUCUUAACGAACCGUUAUUCGAACUCUGCAACCAUUCGAAGCAUAGCUGUAGCUCGCACCACCGACUUCGGGUUACCGAGUCAGUUGCUGCGCGGUUUAACUCACUACGAAGCACUUUGGAAGGCUUGAGGAGAUUAUUGCGGAGUCAGAUCUGGCUCGACCAGUUGAUACGGCCUGGUUCAAGUGCUGUGGCAGAGGCGAUUGGAAAGGUAUUGCGAUGCUCAGAAUUGAGCGUUCUGAUAGUCUACAUUGAAAUACUAGGCACUGAUGAAAAGAUAUUCGUCGAAGAUUGCCCACGGCCCUUGGCCCGGCGGCUACCGCUUGCAAUAGUGCUAAAGUACCCUGAAAUUAUGCAUCCGGUCGUGGCCUCUUGGUUCCAGCUUCUCUAUCCGUGUGUUUCCACGCUGCUUGAAAGAAGUCCUCAGUAUAUGCCACGUUACGUUGUCUAUGACUUCAUCAGAAAGCAUCCUGAAAUGUGCGCCGACCACGUCCUAACGUGGAGAAAGGAGGAGGAUUCCUCAACGGGUCAUUCCUUCGUUCCCCAGAUGCUCCGAGCAUUAAUUGAGAAGGCUGUAAAGGCCGAGGACACUAUCGUCAACAAGGCAAUGGGUAAUGAGGACAUGGGUGGUGAGGAGAUGGGUAAUGAGAAUGUGGAUGUUGAAAUUCUGGGUGAUGGUCGGAAUAGCACAGGUGGCGAAAAAGCAGGCUGGAACAACAUGCGUCUUCUUCGGUUUAUGCGUUUGAUUACCUCUCAAGACGGCACCUUGUAUGACGAGACGGAUGGCCGGCUUGAGUUCGUUUCUACCCUUCACGACUUGGAGCCAAAGUGUGCCUUCGGGCUGGUUAGGGACUUGUUGACCUUGGUAGAUGUCGGUUCUGAUGGUCAGGAGGUCGUCGAAGGUCAGGAGGUCGUCGAAGGUCAGGAGGUCGUCGAUGGCCAGGAGGUCGUCGAGGGUCAGGAGGUCGACGAAGGUCAGGAGGUCGUCGAAGGUCAGGAGGUCGUCGAGGGUCAGGAGGUCGUCGAAGAUCAGGAGGUCGUCGAAGAUCAGGAGGCCGUCGAAGGUCAGGAGGUCGUCGAAGGCCAGGAGGUCGUCGAAGGUCAGGAGGCCGUCGAAAGUCGGGAGGUGGACAACAGAAUAAAGAACGCCUGGCUACUUCCUGCCCUGUUUAACUGGUCUGAAGACAGCGCGAUCCACCGAAUGGCGCCGAGACCAGGGUCCUGGUCCGGUGGUGGUCAAUCGGCACCGGCGGAGUCACUUUCAGUGGAGUCGGUCUCGGGUGAGUCCUCAUCGGCGUCGUCCUCGGAUAAACUGGAUGGCGUCCUGGUGAAUUACUACGGGAGCUUCGACGGGUUGUUGCUGACUGCUAUGCUGCAAGAUGCCAGGGCUCGUGCAUUGUUGGACCCUCCGCCUCCAGAGGGAGGGUCGCGGCUGCCCGUUGGUGAAUUGCCGGAGCAUCUGCGUGUGGUUUCAUUGGAGGAGACGUUGCGUUUCUUACAACAAAACAGUCGCACGAUAGUUCCUGUGCGACAGCUUAUCUCCUGUCUGGCUGUGAUGAAUGCGCGAUGUUGGAUUGGUUCGGAAACGAUGGCUCUGUUCGUGGCCGUCAUUCUCCGAGAACUGGUUCCGCUGCCGACUGUGUCGAAUCAAGUGGUUAGGGCGGCGGCCGUGUUCGUCACUGACUUCCUUUCCCCGUCCGGGUCCAUCGCCACCAUGGCCACCACGGACGCCAUGGCUGCCACGGACGCCGUGGCCACCGCGGACGCCGUGGCCACCGCGGACGCCAUGGCUGCCGAACCGAAUUACCGGUGUUUGAAACAAAGCUUUGACGUACAGGAAGUCGCACACACCUUGAUUGCCAGACAGGGUAUAUAUAAAGUGUCGACCAAUUACGAGUGGGAGGCACGUCGCCUCAUUUCGUUGUACGACCAAGUCGUUCGACCGCUGGAGUUGCACCUAGACCGACUGAAGGACGCUCCGAAUACGGAGCUGCGGGAUGCGGAGCUGCGGGAUGCGGAGCUGCGGGAUACGGAGCUGCGGGAUACGGAGCUGCGGGAUACUGAGCUGCGGGAUGCACGGAAUCACACGCCGGUGACAAGGAAUUUAGCUGCCUUGCCGGGCGGUGAAGAGGAGCUGAUUGAGCUCUUCCAGUAUGCAGAGGCCGGCAGGGCGGCUGGGAAGAAGCUCUUUUCAGUAGUAGUAGAUUGUCCGGGUGAACGUGAAUUCAUCGUGCAUAGAUUGGGCUUGAACCUACCCUACUCAGUUAUGUGUCCAUUGCUGGAGAGAUGCGGCCUGUUGAUGGAGAAGCUAUUGUUCCUAGCACAUGCGCUGGAAUACGGUAAUGAGUCGGAUGUGGUGGCCAGACACGCUUGGGAAACCCUCCUGAUGUGCAAGAAGCAGUAUGGCGCUGAACAGAUGCAAGCCGUACGGUCUGCGGACUCUCUGAGGAAGCUGCUCACACACGUGUUCAACAACCCAAUGAUACGGUGUGCAGCAAAAAGGUUCAUGCAGUCAAGCUCGGAAGAGUGUCUGGAGCACAUACCGCUAAAACAGUACAUCGAAGCACCUGAGGACUAUGGGCAAGCAGGGGACGACGAAAUUCGGGUUGUGAUGAGACUGAUUUUUAAAUACGAAUGA